UCUACCUGCCCAUUUCAGUGUAACCGGAAAUGUUGGAGGCGCAGGUUGUCAUGUCAGAGGACUGGGACGCUUGGAGGCGCAAAUGAUGAAUUAUUAACUUCACAGAGCAUGGCAGACCGCUCCAAAACAUCGUCACGUGGGGGAUUUUCACUUCUCUGAAUUUAUUAAGAGGAAUUUAAUUAUUUAGUAGCCUGUAUUCACACAUCAAACAUUUUUUAUUACUGUAGUAGAAUUCAAAUGUACUCCACAGGGUUUGGCUUUUUGAGUGGUUCUACGUUAAUUUUGACAGAACAAAGUUAUUUUAGUAAAACAAAAAACAAUGGCUCUGUCGCAGGUCGAGUGCUUGGAUGACAACCAUGAGAACCUGCCUUUCGAGGAGUCCAAGCCUGAGUUCCUCUACAGCGAAGACCAACGGCUGGCUUUAGAAGCCCUCAUUCAUGGAGGGAGAAAAGCCUUCCAAGAGUAUAUCCAGGAUCACAGCGUGCGCCAGUUCUUGUCAGAGCCUGAGCAGAAUCAGCUGACAGAAGCUGCUGUGGCACACCAGCCGGAAUCAGAGGAAGAGGGAGCGAAAAACGGCGAAGAUGUCGCGGGAUCCCUGCAAUAUUGGCCGGAUCGCUCCGACUGCUCCAUCCCCGAAUUUGACAUAGGUUGGCCAGAUCGCGUUUCUUACCGAGGAGUGACCAGAGUCAGCGUGUACACUCAACCACCAAUGGACGGAAAAACGCAUAUAAAAGAAAUUGUCAGAAAGACCAUCACACUGGCACAGAAGGUCAUUGCCGUGGUGAUGGAUCUGUUUACAGAUGUGGACAUUUUCCAAGACCUGCUGGACGCCAGCUUCAGGCGAAGGGUGGCCGUGUAUAUCAUACUGGAGGCCACCGGAAUACCGUACUUUCUGAGCAUGUGCAAGAAGGCAGCCAUGCACCAGGGACACCUAAAGAACUUGCGGGUGCGCACUGCUGGAGGGACGGUGUUACACACACACUCACACAGGAAGGUGUGCGGGCAGUUGAGCCAGAAGUUCAUGUUUGUGGAUGGAGACAGAGCCGUGACUGGUUCUUACAGUUACACCUGGAUGGCUUCCAGACUGGACAGGAACUUGGUCACAGUGCUGACGGGCGAGGCUGUGGAGACCUUUGACAGGCAGUUCCGUGAACUCUACCUCCUGUCUGAAGGAGUGAGUCUUAGUGAGAUUGGCUUGGAGGCGGAGCCUGAGCCUCAGCUGGCCUCUCAUCUGGCAGUCCCGUCCACGCCCUCCCCUACCACGGCCCGAAAGGACAUGAACCCCAAGUAUGCCCUGCUAAGCACCAGUACCAAGGGCAGCACCAACUCCAGCGGUGUCCCGAAUGUCUCGGAGAGGAGUGGCACCAGGACCACUGGCUUUCCCAGGCCUGCGGUGAAAAUCCUGCGUCAACUCAGGGAGGUAGCAGAGCCUCCAAUCCACCCGGCACUGCAAGGCCUGGAACGAGCCAAUAUGAUGUACUACCUGACCACCUGGCCAGAGCCUGACCCUUCCAUCGAUGUCAUCGAGGACUGCAGCGAGCCACCACAGGCCCAUCUGACGCAAGCCGAGCUGGACGAAAUCUCGCAGCCUAUCUGCUUCAAGGACGCCCUCGUCCACUCCACAGACUCUCAGGAGGUACCAAAAGAGGCAAAGGAAGUUUCCAGGAUCUCCAUGAUGUCGGAGGAACAUUGCAAGAACCUCAAAACCGCCAACGGCCCAAACGCUACAGAUGCUCAGGGGGUACAGAAUGAGGCAAAAGAAGUUUCCAGCAUCUCUGUGACCUCAGAGGAACAUAACAAGAACCUCAGAACCACCAAUGGCCCAAGUGCCACAGAUGCUCAAGAGGUACAGAAACUGGCUAAAGAAAUUUCGAGCAUUUCAGCAACAUCGGAGGAACAUAAUGAGAACCUCAGAACUGCCAACGGGCUGAGUACCACAAAUGCUCAGGGGGUACAGAAAGAGGCUAAAGAAGUUCCCAGCAUCUCUGUGACCUCAGAGGUACAUAACAAGAACCUCAGAACCACCACAGAUUAUGAGAACCUCAAAAUCGCCAAAGGCACAAACGCCACAGAUGCUCAGGGGGUACAGAAUGAGGCAAAAGAAGUUUCCAGCAUCUCCACGACGUCAGAGGAACAUAAUGAGAACCUCAGAACUGCCAACAAUGCAAGAUCCACAGACGCUCAGGUGGUACAAAACGAGGCAAAAGAAAUUUCCAGCAUCUCAGCAACGUCAGAGGAACAUAAUGAGAACCUCAGAACUGCCAACAGUCCAAGUUCCACAGACACUCAGGAGGUACAGAACGCGACAAAAGACAUUUCCAGCAUUUCCGCGACGUUGGAGGAACAUAAUGAGAACCUGAGAACCGCCAAUGGCCCAAGCACCAUAGAUGCUCAGGAGAUACAGAAAGAGGCGAAAGAAGUUUCCAGCAUCUCCAUUACCUCUGAGGAACAUUAUGAGAACCUGAGAACUGCCAACGGCCCGGGUGCCACAAACACUCAAGGGGUACAGAAAGAGGCAAAAGAAGUUUCCAGCAUUUCCGCAAAGUCGAAGGAACAUUGCGAGAACACAGAACCUGCCAAGUAUGGCUCAGCCUGCAAUGGGUCAGUACAAUUAGAACAAAGUCAGGUUGAUGAACUAAAUGCGGCCAGGGCUUCCCAGCCAAUGGUGGAGCAGCAAAUGCAGGAGCAACCACACCCACAGCAUGCAAGCAGGGUCCUCUCAAAGUGCUCAGAAGAGAAGCAGGAAACAAGGCAGACACACAGACAGGUACAGACAGACAGAUGGAGGCCGAUUCAGACUUCAUCCAGACCUCCAGCCAGCAAGGUCCAUUACCAGCAGGAGGUCCCAGUUUGGGGAUCCGCCAACACAGCAGGCCCCAGGUUGGACGGUCACAUCCAAUCACCCAAUUUGGCAGGGGGCAUCACAGGGGGUCACCCAUUCUGGAAUGCCAACCAACUGGCUCUUAGCAGGCCGGGGUGGGGCAGCAAUCCCCCUUCGCGUGAUCAGCCGUCCAGCAUCCGUGGCUUCGCCUCCAACUGGCCUGCCCAAACUCAGCUGGGGAGCCAGGCUUACCACGCCCCCAACAGGCAGCUCCAGGGAUGGCCCCAGGGGCAACUGGGCUGGGCCAGACCUACUCACCAGGGCCCCGCCCCUGCACACUGGCCGCCGGGCCCUCAGGGGGACGCCCGUGGCCACCCCAGCCCGCUGUUCAACAGACACACCCUGCAUAGAGCCGUUAACGGGAAUGAGCCGGAGGCCCAGCUGUGGAUGAGAUGAGUGCUUUUCAGUGCAUUCAUCUCAUCCACAGAUUUCCUCUGGUCAUGUAACUAAUAAUAGCUCAUCAUUCAACAAAAGCCAGAAGCAUCUGUAAGACCCUGAUUAGGGGUUAAUGUGUUUGCUGCAGUUAGACCUUGGUUAGGGCCUAACAUGUUUGUUACAGUUAGAUCCCCACCGUGGAGCCCCAGUGUGCUUUUCCAGGUAGGAUGGGACUGAACAUGCCAGAGUGAGCGCUUGCAAAAUCACAGAAGUCUUAGUUUUCAUUAAAAACAAACUCUGAUGUUUUUGCAUGUUUUCUACCUGCUGUGGCAUAAACGUUGAAGGCAAUGCAAAGGAAAACGCACAGGAAUAUGCACGCAAUAUCGGCGACAGGUGUGUCAGAAAGCAUUGAAAGAAGUGAAAACACAAAUAUGACAGUAUGGAAAAAUAUCUCAAAUGAACAGAGUUAACAAACUGUGAGAUAGCAGCCUGGAUUCAACCAAUGUUUGUAAUUUACUUUGACAUAAUCAUAUAAGUUAAUUUUGCAUUUGAAGAACAGCAGGCUGUCACUAUAGACCACUAAAUACCAGACUGCUGGAAAACGGUCGGUUGCCAGGUGAGAAUUCUACUAGAGAAAUAACAUGCUGCUUUUUGUGUGCAAAAAAAAGAAAAAGAAGCCAUUUUGUAGAAUGGCGCCACCACCAGUCUGUGCCAGUACAGUACUGUACAGGUGUGGGGGGUCAUAUCCAGUGCUGCAGAGGCCCAGGGCUUCUCCUAAUUUUUUUGUGGGUUUCAACGAUUGAGUGAAUCACUGAUUGGCUAAAGAGUCCAGCCCACACACCUGAACACACAGCUUUAACAAGGAGUUGCCUAAAACUGCCCAUUUAAGUGGUGAGCAACAGCAUAAACCAGCAGACCCUUGGCCUCUCCAGGAUCAGGAGAGCAGACCCCUCCUGUAGCAGGCCCACAAAACCUAAAACCAGCGUCAUGUCUGUCGGCUUCUCCCCUUUUCUCCUUCUCCUCAUCGCUUAAGAGCGCAGAUCCGUGCUGUAAAUUAGAACAGUUCGCUGUACGAGCGUUCGCAUCUCACCAAGGCGACAGUAAAAAUGUCCCACAGCUCAAACGGAAUAAGCCAGCGCAGGGCUGAUUAAAUUAUUUAUUUGUGCAUUUUAUUUCUGUAUGGAGACACUGGGUUUAGAAAAGUGCCUUUUAAGUAAAAUGUAUUAUUGUUAUGAUGACUGCUGCUUCCAGCACUGUAAGCUACAGAGUGCGUGGCGUGUGACGCCAUUUUGAUACAACGGACUGAUGACCCGUCUGCUGAAGCUCAGGGUGGAAAGUUAAACCAGAGGAAAUGGUGUUCCUACUGUUCCAAUGAAAAGCUAUAAUCAAAUAUUAGAUAAAUAUAUUAAGCUAUAAAAUGUUUCAUGUAUAUGCAUGAGAAUAAAUGGCAAAAUAUGAAAA